AUGUCUGCUGCAGCUCGCAUCGCACCACAAUCGGCUGCCGUCGCCGCCCCAGCACCCGCGACCACCGCUGCUUCCGCCAUCGCCAAGGCACCCAGCGCCGAUGUCCAGUCCGAACUUGACCGCGCCGCCCUCGAAGCCCUCGAGCUCGACUCGGAUGUGAUCACCUCUGUACGCCUCGACGGUCUCGCCCUCACCAAGAUCGUCAAGCACUGCCGCGAUGCACACCCCGCAUCGGCAUCUGGUGCCCUCCUCGGUAUGGACCUUGGCGGAACGCUAGAGAUUUCCAACGUCUUCGCCCUUCCCAACCCUGGACGAAGUAACAGCGAGCGCGACGAGGAAGAGGACCGCAGCAGUAGAAAUGCAACCAGGUACACCUCAGACAUGGUCCGAUUGUUGCGGGAUGUCAACGCCGACGCCAAUCCCGUCGGCCUUUACCAAGGAUGCUUCCUAGGUGCUUUCCUCAACUCAUCUGUCAUCGACGGUCUUGCUGCUAUCACUGGCCUUGUCGAGCGCGAUGGUGCCGGUAGCCGUGGCAAAGGCGUCCUCAUUGUGCACGACCUUGCGCAGUCUGCGCAGGGCAACACCUCGGUCAAGGCCUACCGACUCUCUCCUUCGUUCGUCGACGCUCACAAGAAAGGCAAGUUCCAUACACAGAGCCUCAUCGACCACAAGCUCACCUUUUCCAACAUCCUCAUCGAGAUUCCUGUCUCACUGCGAAACACCGCACUCCUUGAUGCUUUCCUGAGCAGCAUCUCGACGCCGAGCGCACCCGGCCCUUCGAUCGUGCAGCCCAGCACCUCGGACCUGCUCCGAAACCCACCUAGCGCCGCGCUCGCUCCAUCGUACACCUCGCUCAAUCUUGCAUUGGAACCUGUGCUUGCGUCAUCGCUCGAAUCCACGCUCGAGAUCAUGGACGAACACGCCGCCGAGGCUGGCAAUGUCGGUUUCCAGGCCCGCCAGCUCGCACGAGAGAAGGCCAAGGCCGACGCCUACCUUGCACGCAAGAAGGCCGAGAACGCAGCACGCGAGGCUCAGGGUCUCGCUCCGCUUCCUAUCGAAGAUGUCAACCGCUUGUUCAAGAUCCCUGCCGAGCCCUCGCGCCUUGAAGCUACCUUGCUGCUUGGUCAGAUUGACAGCUCAGCGAGACGUCUUGCCGAGACUGCUGCUCUCGGUGUCAUCCAGCUCAACGCCGCCAAGACUGGUGCUGUGUAA